AUGGCUGAGGCGCUUGGGAUUGCCGCAAGCGUAGUCACCAUCACAAAUUGUACACUGAAGAUAUUUCAACUCGCAAAGGCCAUCAAAGGUGCCCCCGAUCUGUUGAAGGACUUUGAGGCGGUGUUAACAGGCGUCCAAUUGUCCAAUAAGACAAUCGCCCAUGUAAUCAAAACCUUGAAGCCCAUAUCCGAAUCCGGCCUGGACGAGGAAGUGGAAAGCCGUCUCAGUGAAGCCGCAACGAACCUCAACCUGUUUGCGGAGACCAUCGAAAAGAAGCUCAAAGCCUUCGAAACGAUUGGGAAGAGGAUCAAAAGGAGGGUGGGCAAAAUGUUCUCUGAUUGGGAGUACAUCACGAAAUAUCUCAAGUCAGCCAAUCUAGUUCUGACGGCAGAUGCUAUCAAAGACUUGAUAAAGGCGGCGAAAGAGAUAGAAGGCUCCAUAAGCUUGGCAUUGAUAUGUGUCUUGACCAUUCAGAACAAUCGCCAGUGCAUCAGCCUGAGUGGAGUUCAUAAAGAAAUGGCCGCUCACUCUGCAGCAUUCGACAAGUUACUCGACCACCUUCGCCGCAACGACAGGCAGACAGGCGUUUUCGAGCCACCAACAGCCCAGGAUAGCAUUUCUGGCGAGAUCAGGCCUAGUCAGGAGGUUUCAUGCAGCCCGCCCUGGGCGAACGGGGAAGGGGAGGUCCAGAUGGUCAUCGCCCGCACCACUACGCAAGAGACACAAAGCAUUAGCGAUGAAGAACUGCAGCUCACUAUUGCUGGCGGUACACGGGACACUUCGGCGGACGUCCCCAACGAAAAUAACCCGGCGCAAAAUGAGGAUCUCGCAGCCCUGGUGUGUGGUGAGCUCAACAGGCACCUGAUGCGCCCUCAAAUGUCCCUCAUCGAAGCCUCCACGACUCAUUCGGGCCAAUCGACCCCUACACGGUCUCAACAAGAUUUAGAUUCCAAUGACCCCUCGGACACAGAGGACUUCGCUCAUACUGUCUCGUUUUCUCUGAGCUUCGCCUCGCCACGACCGACAAGCCCGUAUACCGACGGCGAGGAGAUGGAGCUCAGCUCCGAGUCUCGACUAUCCAUUUACGAUUGGGUCGAUAUUGAGCGAUGUAGGGUCCCAGAUCAAGGGCUCUACAGAUUCUGCUCCAGGACCCUGGUCUUGUCAGAGGACGGACCGCCAACGUUCAUGCUUCAGGAACCCUGCUUCUUCAACGGUUGCCAACAUGUUUCCAUCCAUUUACCCUCGAAUAGGGCCGCAGGCGACUUGGAUUUCUCCCAGUGUUUGGAUGCUCGCCUUUGCAAUAUGUCGGAAGACGCGCCUGCUUCGGCCAACAGACCAUAUCAGCCGACCUUCAAGCUUGCAUUGAUCUCCGGCUCAGGUCAUUCCCAUACCAUGGUAUCUCACUUGAAAGCCGACCGCCUCGAGCAGCGGCUCGCUCUUCAAGCUGACCUAUCAGCCAGCAAUGUCAGGGAGGCCGACGCCAAUAGUAGCACGGGAGAGGGCGAUACUAGCGAUGACAGAUCGGAUGGCCAGAGACGCGACACGCGCAACGGUGGAACACGGGACGCAGCCACCGAAACCGAUCAGCCUAUACCUAGUAAUCGCCUGGGACCCUACACCAGCUUUCCUUGCUGCUUCUGCCAGGAAGAUGCUCUAAAUCCCAGGAAAACUGGCAGUAGAUCCCCCGGCUUUUUGUCCGAAAGGAAAUAUCUCAGAGUCACGUGUGAGCGUUGCAAUAAUAGCACAUGGAUGUCUGCAACACCGUAUGGACCUCCUUUACCAAUACCGUAUGGACCUUCUUUCCCAAUGUUUGGACUACUUCCAGCUUUGCAGUUGGGUUAUGUGGCAUUCUUCCAGCAGCAAUGA